AUGAAGUAUGGGAAAUACUUAGCGUCCAGGCAGUUGGAACUACCUGAAUAUUCGGGCCAUUUCAUCGACUACAAGGCAUUAAAGAAAUUGAUCAAACAGCUAGCUGUUGCCACCAACAGUAACGAGGAGAAUGCGUCGAUAGCAUCUGAAUUCAGCCGGUUGACCAACACCGCGAUCCAGGAAACGUUGAAGGAGAACAAGGCCUCGUUCUUUUUCCGAGUUGAGAGAGAACUAGAUAAAGUCAACUCGUUCUACCUUGAAAAACAGGCUAAUUUGGCCGUCAACUUGAACCUCCUUGUGCUUCGAAGAAACGAGUUGUUUGGCAAAUUGUACAGAUACCUCAACCAUCAGCAUGUGAGCGGAGACGCAAAUGCAAACGCGGGGUCCUCGAUAACCUCAGAUGUGCGCAACUCGAUAUCGUUUCUCAACCUAUACCAAAACUUUAAAAAAAUCCACCAGGAUUUGAUCAGGCUCCAGCAGUUUAUCGAGUUGAACGAAGCGGGCUUUUCCAAAGUGGUCAAGAAAUGGGAUAAGCGGUCAAAGUCGCACACCAAGGAGUUGUUCAUCAGCACCGCGGUCAGCGUGCAGCCCGUGUUCCACAAGAAUGAAAUCAACGAGUUGUCUGACUUGGUCACGCAAUCCUUGUUUGACAUUGAAAGUAUCAUGGAUGGCGAUUUUACUUGUUUGAACAACUACGCUCUGCAGUUGCUUAACCCUGACUUGCACUUGCAACAAGCGGGAGAAACGGCUCAUGAAAUCCAAAUUCAAAUAGAAAACGACGACGUGAAGGAGUCACAACCAGUCUUCACGAGACACUCUUCUGUGGGCAGUAUCCAGCCGAGCAAUAACGAAGUCGAUGAGCUAUACUCCAGUUUUGUCAAUGUACUCACCAUCAAGGACCCCGACUUGUCAUUUUUGGCGCGGUGGAUCGAUAAGGUCAAUGGCUCAACCAAGGCCGUUGACUCGCUGUUUAGUCCCUGCGUCAAGGUCAAAGUAUCAAAGAUUUUCUUACAAUCGAUUGCCAAUCUCAAAAUUUCCGACACUUUUUUGGAAACUUUUUUAAACUUGAUUAACUAUGACCUCGAUUUCACUUUUGUUAAUGAUGAUUUCAACAAUAACAAGACGAUAUUGCACGAGUGCUGCUCGAUUCCACCGGCGUCAAACCACGAGACGCACGUGGUGAUCAACAAUGGAGUGAAAGUGGUCAACCCGAACGAUUCGAUUAACCACUCGAGAAACUUUAUUGUCGAGUACAUGGUGAAAAACUUGUCCAAAGCUGAAAUUGACAACUUGUUGAUUCGCAAGGACUUCAAUGGCCGCACUUGUCUCCAUUACGCGGCCCAACACAAUCGAGGCGACUUGCUUGAAAUCAUCCUCGCCUCGUUCCCUCGCGACCACAUUGACGAUUUAGAUAACGACUCCAUGUCGGCGUUGUUGCUCGCCAUCAAACAUGGCCACCUCAGCAUCAUCAAAAUGUUGGUUCAAUUUGGCUCUAACCCCUUUCCUACAACGAGCAAGGACACGUUGCAAUACUUGCCAAUCAACUAUGCGUGCAAGUUUGGCGAUUACAAGAUUUUGGAGUACCUUCUCUCUCACGUACCUGCGGGGGACCUGUCAAAAGCAUUGGUGAAUCAGCAAGAUGUCGAGGGGCUUCUUCCCUUGCACGUGGUUUCAAGAGCAGGCCACUACAAACUCAUCAAGCUUCUAAUUCAAUACGGCGCGGAGAUUAACAAAUGCGAUGGGUUCAAUAAAUGGACGCCUAUUUUUUAUGCUGCCGCUGAAGGGCACGUCAAAACGACGCAAGAGUUGGUCAAAUUUGGAGCCCAAUUGGAUAUUAUCGACGAAGAUGGCUACAAUGUCUUGUACUACUGUGUGGUGGAGGGACACAUUGGCGUCAUCAAUGAACUUCUAAGCUAUCACCAGCAAGUCUUUGGCAAGACGACGCCUGAGUUGCGGUCGCAGAGCAUUGAGAGUAAUACUUCGAUGGCCAUCUUGGGCGACUCCAAGGCCGCCGAUGACGAUGACGAUGACGAUGACGAUGAUGAUGAUAAUGAUGGCGGAGAAGAUGAUGAUGACGAUUCAGAGGAUAGUGGCUCUGUCGAGAAGAAUAACAACCCCGAUAAUAUUCCCGACUUGCAAUUGCCACCUCCAAUCUUGCCACUUCGUCGUUACGGCCACAAUUUUUUGGAGCAAAAAGUGCUCAUCGAGUUGAUUUUCCCUCAGGAGGAACAAGGUUUUAUCAACUUGUUCAACUCUACAGCCGAUUUGAAACCCGGUAGAAUAACACUCACGUCAAACAUUUCCGAUAUUGUGCCGAGAAAUAUAUUGCUCCCCUUGGAAACGCAGGGAAGCGGCGGUGGUUGCAGCAACUGCGUGUUCCAAACCGACGUGGACUCGUUGAAUGAGUUCCGCAUCGAUUUUGAGAUUUUCCCCAAAUUCGGUACGCGAUUAAUUGCUAAAACCACGGCGUUAUCCUUUUCCCAUGUUGAUACAACGUCACCUGAAAUCAGCUCGAUUGAACUCCCCUUGUUUGACCUACGAUUGAAAAACAUUGGCCAGUUGAAAUUCAACUACCAGAUAAUUUUCCCCUUUUCGGGCACUAUGCUCGAAACGUCCAAAUUUGACACUUAUUGGAAGUCGUCGACGAGUUUCGUCAAGAACAAGCAGACUUUGAAGUUAAACGCCGCGGGAGGACUUUCGCCAAACAAUUUUUUAUCGCCACGGACCACCACUGGAGUUAGUGCCAACCUCAACUCGCAAGGCGCAGGCGCAGGCGCAAGCUCAAGUGCAAGCUCGCAAUUACCAAAGGACGUCACCAACUCGUCAAUAGUCACCGCCACGUCACUUUCAGGAGAAUAUCUCCGAAUCAAAGUGUGUCUAUUGAACGAUGGAACUCCAAUAGUGUGUCCGCAUUGGGCCAUCACCAUCACGGAAAGUAUCGACUUGUACUUGCCCAAUCUAUCACUCGCGCAAUUGACCUCAAUAACUAAUGACUUGUUUGACUACUCCAAAGUGAUUAGAGACUUUUCCAAAAUGACCGUUAAGGACAUACGAUUGAUUAAAAAACUACUUCGAAUCAUCUACUUGCCCUUGGACACAGUGUUGGAGAUUUUGAGUCCCGACAUCAACUUGAACCUCGAGCUUGUGUUCCCCUCGACAUACGAACUCGAGCUACUACCACUCGUUGGAAACAUUCAGAAAAAUUUAAACACCUUUAUAGACCUCACACUCAACGAUGUGUUUAACCACAUGCAGCUGUCGUCAAAGAACAAGACCCAAGGCAACACUUUAAGAUCGAUUAUUUUCCUUAGCUCAAACUCGUUGAUUUGCAAAAUCUUGAAUUGGAAACAGCCCAACUUCCCCGUUUUCUUAAUCAUGAACGGCAUCACAUUCAACAGCAGACUCAACAAGUUUGAGAAAAUGUCAACCAACGGCUUGUUGAUUGAAGAAAGUGGUGGCAAAUCCCUAUCCAAGGCAUCGGCAUUGAACAAUUACCAAGAAGUAAUCAUCCGAUCCAUCAAGGAGGCAGUCAAUUUCACCAUCAACAACAACUUGUUCGGCUUGAUCAUCUCGAUCCAUUUGCUUGACCUUGUGCCCAAAUUGAUCCCCUUGAUCCGGAGCCGCGGUUUAAUUCUUGUGGCCUCGAGUGAUGUCAACGAACAGGAAGAAGAGAAAGAAGAGGAGAUCUUGAAGCGGGAGUUGGACUCUUAUAAAAAGACAGAAAUCAACGGGUUGAGAUUCGACGAUGUGCUCAGCUUCAAAGAAAAUAUAACGAUGUAA